GUUGGCCCAACAGCUGGGCCUUGGCAUCCUGUCAAUCUGUCGUCAGCUCCAGAGCCUAGAAAUAGUGCUUGGGCAGUCUGCUGAACUCCAGUCUGUAAGAGGAAGCAACCAUGCAGGUGCUAACCAAGCGCUACCCCAAGAACUGCCUGCUGACUGUCAUGGACCGGUAUUCAGCAGUGGUGCACAACAUGGAGCAAGUGGUGAUGAUCCCCAGCCUUCUGCGCGACGUACAGCUGAGUGGGCAUGGGGGCCAGGCCCAGGCUGGGACCCCUGAUCUCUACACCUACUUCACCAUGCUCAAGGCCAUCCGCGUGGAUGUGGACCAUGGGCUGCUGCCCCGGGAGGAGUGGCAGGCCAAGGUGGCAGGCAGUGAAGCUGAUGAGGCUGAGAAUGAAGCUGCCGAGACGGAGGAGGCCGAGGAGGAGAGGAUCUCAGGGGAGCUGGACCUGGAAGCCCAGUUCCAUCUGCACUUCUCCAGCCUCCAUCAUAUCCUCACCCACCUCACUCUGAAAGCCCAGGAGGUGACAAGGAAAUACCAGGAAAUGACGGGACAAGUCCAGUAGGCCUUGGAUUCUAGGGAAGACUGCUUACACAAUAGAAGACAGACCUCUGAUGAGGACAUGCAGCACUCUGCUAUCCCUGCCGGUGGAUCAGAAAGGCCUAGGCCUGCAGCAGGAAGUGAAGGUGACUUGGAUCUCUCAGAUACUCUGCCACCUCCCUCUGCACACUAAUUCAUGGACUCCAGUCACUGGCCCACCCUUAGGAUGUUGCUAUUCGUAAUUCCCUUGCUCCUCUUAUGGGCCUGGGGUGGUGUCUGCUUUCAUCACUGCAACUAAAAUACCUGAGAGGAGCUUCUUAAGAAAGGAGGUUUACUUUGGCUUACAGUUUGGAGGAUCAUAGUUCAAGAUGGGUAGCCUGAUUGGUUCAAGCAUCUGAAGAAGCCAGAGGAUGGUGGAGGGACAAUCACAUGGUGAGCUGGGAAAAAGAAACUAGAAGCGCACUCAUCUUGUCCUCCAUGUGGUCUCUCAUAAUUCCGUCACAAUUGGAUCACGGGGCACCACCUCAUUGACUUAAUAAAACCCAAUCACUUUCCAAAGGCCCCACCUUCAGAAACAACUGGAUCAAGUUUCCACCCUAAUCAAUGAACUGUUAAUCUAUUCAUUGCUAACCUAAAACUUUGGGGUUUAAAAGUCUACACAAAUUUGGGGAGCCAUAUCCUGUUCAAUCCAUGACACUGGCCUAUGAGGGAGGAAACAAAGGUACAAAGGUACCUGUCUAGGGCACUACUGUAAAGAGCAUAGGUGUUAGUGUGUGAUCAAAGCUCACAUCCUCUUCUUGGCAUUCACUAUGGGACCUUGGGCAAGUUAUUUAACCCCUAAGAGCCUAAAUUCCCUCAUCUGUAGAAUGGGGAUAUCACCUACCUCACAAGGUUAUGAAAAUUACACACGAUGAUGAAUGAGAAGCACCUGGCAUGUGGGAGCUAACAGGUUGAGUUUUUCUCCCCCUUCACCUAUGUAUUUGCUCUAGCCCUUGCGUUUUGCUCUCCAGAACUAAGAGGUAGUGGAGUCCCUUGGGAUGAGUGUUUCACCCUCUUCUACCUGCUGACUACUGAUGUGGAAGUGCACAGGUGAACUAUAAACCUAUUUAUUGUGGUACCAAUAAAAAAAUGUCCUUGUA